AUGUUUGAUAAAGAAAGAUUGCCAGCCAAUGUUGUUUUUAUGCAUAUUCGUCAGUUUCAGGACCAUUCCCAACGUAUCGUGAACGGUCAGGAAGCAUCCCCAGGAGCAUGGCCAUGGCAGGUGUCCCUCCAAUUACAACAAUUCGGGACAUUUUAUCAUAUUUGUGGAGGAUCUCUUGUCCGACCCAACUGGGUUGUCACUGCUGCACACUGUGUUGAUGGGCAACAACGUAGAAAUUUGCGGAUUGAAGCUGGUAUCCAUAAAGUGAGCGAGGCAGGGGAAACUAGAACCAUCAUCGGAAUAAUAGAGCAUCCACAGUACUCCUCCAGCGGUGCCGGUUUCUCUAAUGACAUAGCCCUGUUGGAACUGGACUCACCCUUUUCCGUAGGAGGAGACAUUGAACUGGCCACCUUACCUACUGACUCUAACGAGUAUUUCACCAACAUAAAUGACUGCUACAUCACGGGGUGGGGGAGAACUUCAGGAGGUGGUCUCACUUCCGACGUUUUGAUGGAAGCUAAGAUGACUAAUAUCGCGAAUACUGAGUGUCAGAAUUUGUGGACAUCUGUCAACGGCGCCGCCAUUUAUGAUACUCAUAUCUGCCCGUAUGAAGAGUUUAAAUCAGCUUGCAAUGGAGACAGUGGGGGGCCCUACGUCUGCUUGAAGAAUGGUGGUUACAUGUUGGCCGGAGUGACCUCAUGGGGCAUCAGCACCUGCGAUGGAUCAUUCCCGAGUGUGUAUGUUAGAGUUUCCAAGUAUCUGGACUGGAUGGCAAAUUACAUCUAAAUCGGAUUUUAUUAUCUUCAUUCGAGAAAAAAAAAUUGCAAUUUGAACGUACACAGAGUUACAU